UUCAAUUCGAUUGCGGAGCAUUCACGAACCUACUCAGGUUAUCGAUCAGGAUUGACAUGAGCAACACGAUAGAGGCCGUUCUGUUGGCUUCUGCUCUCAGGGCCUGCCUCCUGCUCAAGGAACUGCGUCUAACGAUUAAUCCAGCGAAGACGAACUGUUGCUCACUGCCAUAUGACCAAUUUAGGUUUUGGGAGAAGCAAAACUACUUCGACUGCCUGAGUUGGCACUUGGAGUACGCCAGCAUCGCCAACUACGGCGAGCACUGUGACGAAUUAGAUUUUGUUCAGUUUUUGGCUAGGGAAGCGCUAGUGCUGAAGAAAUUGGUGAUUUGGCGCAGCAGAAUUAAUGGUGAGAUUAAUGCUAGUGCGGGAGAAAUACGUUUCAUGGCGACUGCGUCCACCUUCACCAACGCAGCUUCCCCUUGGCUUGAUGUAGUCUGGAAUUAAUAGUGCGAUUUACGAUCUUCAAAUUUAUUUGAUUGUUUAAAUUUUUUAUAUUUUAAACUUCGUAUAUCGAAAGUACGGUAACAUUUUAUUUUGCUUAAUCUCUUGAUGUUUAGAAAAU